AUGCAAAAUCCUUCUCAUCAUGAACAACAAAAAAGUGAUCAUUUUUCACUUCAAAAAGUACAUGAAAAACACAAAGCCCAACCCAAAAAACACGAAAGAGAAAUAAAGAAAAAACAAUUUUAUAACCCAGUUGAAAUAAAUGAAAAAGAUACACAAGAAUUUCAUUGGGAAAAAGAAGUUUUAGGAAAACAUGUGACAGUAAUUAAUAAUGAAUUUACUGAUGAAAUUACAAAGAUAUUAGACGCAAAUGGGAUAAAAGAACUUUAUCCAAUGCAAAAAAUUGUUCAGCAAUUUAUUUUUAGUACUGAUACCGAUAUUGCUGUUCGUGCUCCAACAGGAAGUGGAAAAACGUUAGCAUAUACCUUACCAUUAUUAAAACUAAUUAAUCCAUUAUUCAACCAUAUUCAAGUAGUUAUAUUAAUUCCAACUCUUCCAUUAGCACUUCAAGUGUCAAAUGUUAUGAAACCUUUAUUAAAAACAAUAAAUUGUAAUUUAGUAUGUUUAGGAGAAUCUAGUAUCGAAAAAGAAACAUCAUGUAAUAGUCAUGUUAUUGUAACUACUCCAAUUAGACUAUUAAAUCAUUUGUCUAAAUCAACACUAGACUUAAAAUGGUUACAAUAUUUAAUUUAUGAUGAAACUGAUAAAUUAUUAACAAUUCCUGCAUUAUUUCCAUUGUUAAAUAUAAUAAAAAAACAAUAUAUUUCUCCACAAUAUAUGGUUGAUAUUAAAACUGGAAAAAGUUUAAAUGUAUUUUCAUCAAGUACAAAUCAAUUUAGAUCAUUGUUAUUUAGUGCUACGUUAUCAUCAUCUCCUAAAGCAUUUAAACAAUUACAAAUGAAUAAACCAUUAUUAUUAACAUUUGAUGAUUCAUUUGUUAGAGAUAUUAAUGAAAUAACACAAACAAAAUAUGUAUUACCAUCAACAAUUGAAAAUAGAUAUACACCAGUUCUUCCUAUUGAAAAAGAUCUUGUUGUUUUAGAAUUACUUAAAACAUCAGGAAAAAGUAUUAUAUUUUGUAAUAGUAAUAACACUGCUUUUGUCUUAUUUAGAUUAAUUCAAGAAAUGGCAGAAUUUAUUGGAAAAGAAAAAAAAGAAAUUGGAUGUAUUAUCUCGUCAAUGAAACAAAAAGAAAAAUUAAAAGUAAUUAAAAGAGUAGAAAAUGAUUCCAUUAAUGUAUUUAUUACAACUGAUGUAAUGUCUCGUGGUAUUGAUAUUAAAGGACUUAAAACUGUUAUUAAUUUUGAUUGUCCUGUUUCAACACAAUUAUAUGUUCAUAGAGCUGGAAGAACUGGAAGAGCUGGAAAUGAAGGUAUUUGUCAUACGAUAGUAUUAACAAAUGAAGUUGGUAAUUUAAAAGGUUAUUUAAAGAAAAUGAAUAAUGAACUUCAUAAAGUUUCAGUUAUAGUUGAAGAGUCUUUAAUAAAAUCAUAUAAUAAAAUAACAAAAUUAUUAGAAGAAAAUCCUUCUACUCUUCAACCUGAAAAACAAAAAAAACAUAUUUAA